GGUUACUUUGGAAACAUGCUAGCUGCUGGAAAAUGCACAAGUCAAAACGAGUCAUUCCCACGUUUUCUGCUGGUAUUAGUAUUAUUGAAGUCAAAGAGAAUAAAUCUUGAGAAUAGACAUGGACAAGCUAUCGAAACCACAAAUAAUCUGUCACAUUGAGAAAUCAGUUGACUAUUCACUGUUUGAUGCAAAAUGGAUACCAUGCAGUGCAAAGUUUGUGGUUAUGGGCUCCCGACCUCGGGGUACCGGCAUCAUACAGAUUUACGAAAUAUCUAGUGGAGAAUUAAAACUCAUCAAGGAUAUAGAGAGGUCCAAUCAGAUGAAAUGUGGAACGUUCAAGGCUUCCAGUCUUCGUGAUAGAUAUUUAGCUACUGGUGAUUUCAAGGGUAAACUGAAUAUUUACAAUUUAGAGGAUCCUUCGAUACCAGUUUAUUCUGCUAAUGCUCAUACGCAAAUUAUAAAUGCCAUUGAUGGAGUAGCAGGUGCUAGUAUAGGAUGUGGAGCACCAGAAUUAGUAACUGGAUCCAGAGAUGGAAGUAUAAAAGUAUGGGAUCCUAGACAAAAGGGUCGUCCAGUCGCUAUUAUGGAACCAAAGGAAGGGGAAAGUCGACGGGACUGUUGGUCAGUUGGAUUUGGUAAUUCGUACAAUUCCGAAGAAAGAGUAGUAGUCGCAGGAUAUGAUAACGGAGAUGUCAAAAUGUUCGACUUAAGAGCUAUGUCGCUAAGGUGGGAAAGUAAUUUGAAAAAUGGAGUUUGCAGUCUUGAAUUCGAUAGGAAAGACAUUCCUAUGAAUAAGCUGGUUGCUACUACACUAGAAUCAAAAUUUUAUCUUUUUGAUUUGAAGACUCAGCAUCCUGAAAAAGGUUUUGCAUAUCUCGUUGAAAAGGCUCACAAAUCGACGAUAUGGCUGGUCAGGCAUUUACCGCAAAACCGUGAAUUAUUCGCGACAUGUGGCGGUGGAGGAACGAUCUGUCUUUGGAAAUAUAAUUAUCCAGAGAAGAGGAAAACUACAGACGUCGACGGGAUCGAGCAAGGAGUUGUAGGGAAUGUCAAUUUGUUGCAGAACUGUACACUUUCGUCGCAACCUAUUAGCUCUUUGGAUUGGAGCCCGGAUAAGCAAGGACUUGCUGUUUGCACGUCGUUUGAUCAAUGCUUACGCGUCAUCAUCACUACGAAACUGAAUACGUAUUGAUUAAACAAGACAAACCGAUUGUUAAUGUAAAUAAAGCUGUAAUGUAGCGAGACAAACUCACUUUACAAUUCCAUUUUAUAUGCUUAAGAUAGUCAUUAAUAAAAGAAAUUUUAUUU